AAACUGGUAUCAAAUUGUACAAGCUUGUGGUAAUUUUAUCAAAAGCUAUUAUGGCCCUUAUAGACUGAGCAGGGCCUUCUUAGCCAACUUCCUUGAAUAUUUUAAACAAAGUUCUGUUUAGCAUUAAAUGAGAAAAUUGCUGCAGGUGGUGAUGGAUAAUGGAAUACUACAAGUGACAAUAUCGAGUCCUGAUGGAAUUGUCACUGGGAUACAAUACAAUGGAAUCGACAACUUGCUUGAAGUUCAAGAUGAGGAAGUUAACAGAGGGUAUUGGGAUCUAGUCUGGAGUAAAACUGGAAGCACAGGGACAACUGGAACAUUUGAUGUGUUUAAAGGAACAAGUUUUAAAGUUAUAGUAGAAAAUGAGGAUCAAGUAGAGGUCUCAUUCACAAGAACAUGGGAUUUCUCUCUUGAGGGAAAGGUUGUUCCCUUAAAUUUAGACAAAAGGUUCAUAAUGCUUCGAGAUUCGUCAGGAUUCUACUCCUACACCAUCUUUGAACACUUAGGGGAAUGGCCUCCAUUUAAUCUUCCACAAGUCAGAAUUGUUUUCAAGCUCAGAAAAGACAAGUUUCACUACAUGGCCGUAGCAGACAACAGGCAAAGAUUCAUGCCCCUGCCUGAUGACCGGUUACCAGAUAGGGGCCAACCGCUGGCAACCCCGGAAGCUGUCCUGCUUGUCAAUCCUUUGGAGCCGGAGUUCAGAGGAGAGGUUGAUGACAAGUACCAAUACUCAUCUGAGAACAAAGAUCUAAAAGUUCAUGGGUGGAUAUCCUUGAACCCUCCAGUUGGGUUCUGGCAGAUUACUCCCAGCAGUGAAUUCCGCUCUGGUGGACCUGUCAAACAGAACCUAACAUCCCAUGUUGGCCCCUAUGCUCUUGCAAUGUUUCUCAGUGCUCACUAUGCCGGAGAGGAUUUGGUGCUGAAGCUCAGCCCUGGAGAACCAUGGAAAAAGGUUUUUGGCCCAGUUUUCUUGUAUCUGAAUUCUUUCUGGGAUCAGGACAAUGUCUUUUCCCUUUGGGAGGAUGCUAAAAACCAGAUGCAGAGGGAAGUCCAGAAUUGGCCCUACAAAUUUCCAGCAUCAGAGGAUUUUCCAAAAUCAGAUCAGCGGGGCAAAGUAUGUGGCAGAUUAACAGUUCAAGACAGGUAUGUUAGCUAUGAGUGCAUUCCAGCAGAUGGUGCUUAUGUGGGCUUGGCACCACCAGGAGAGGUAGGAUCAUGGCAAAGAGAAUGCAAGGGUUAUCAAUUCUGGACCAGAGCAGAUGAAGAUGGCAACUUCACAAUCGACAAUAUAAGGACUGGUGGAUAUAAUAUUUAUGCAUGGGUCCCUGGUUUCAUUGGGGAUUACAGAUAUGAUGUUGAAGUUAACAUUACAGAAGGUUGUAGCAUUAAUGUGGGUGACCUGACAUAUGAGCCUCCAAGAGAUGGUCCUACAUUAUGGGAAAUAGGCAUCCCCGAUCGUUCUGCAGCAGAGUUUUACAUUCCCGACCCUGACCCUAAGUAUAUUAACAGACUUUAUGUCCGCCAUCCUGACAGGUAUAGACAAUAUGGAUUGUGGGAAAGAUAUGCAGAUCUCUAUCCAGAUGGAGACUUGGUUUUCACAGUUGGCUACAGUGACUACAAAAAUGAUUGGUUCUUUGCUCAAGUUAACAGAAAGAAAGAAGAUGGUACAUAUCAAGGAACUACAUGGCAAAUCAAGUUCAUGCUUAACAAUGUAGAUUAUACUGGAACUUAUAAAUUGCGACUGGCCCUAGCAACUGCACAUCUUGCUGAAUUGCAGGUUCGGAUCAAUGAUCCAAAAGCAGAGCCUCCUCAGUUCACAACUGGACAAAUUGGGCAUGACAACACAAUUGCAAGGCAUGGAAUUCAUGGGCUCUACCGACUUUACAAUAUAGAUGUGCCUGGAGUUCAGCUUGUGGAAGGGGAAAAUAUCAUUUUUCUGACGCAAGCAGUAAACACUGAUCCUCUUCAGGGGAUCAUGUAUGACUAUAUAAGGCUAGAAUGUCCCCCUUCUAGUUCCGGCCGAAUGGUCUGAAUUUGUAUAUAAUUAGCAGAACUUUACCUUUGGAUUGCUGACUUCGUAAAAUUUAUUCACAAAAAUGUCAUGGAUAUGUUUUUAAUGAGGUGAUUUUUUUUUUAUCUA